UGCUCGGCAUUCAGAAGCCAUCAGUUUCCUACGAGACAAACUAAUCACAAGACACAACAAAACCUUUUCAAAAUGUUCAAAUUCGUUACUUUCUUCGCUUGCAUUGCUGUGGCUUUGGCCGCUCCCGGUUUGGUAGCCGAACACCAUACCGUUGUCCAAGAACCCGUCUUGGCCAAGGUUGGUGCUGUGGUCCACAGUGUCCCCUCUGCCACCUCUCAUCAGAGCUUCACCCGUGUCCACAACAAGGCUGUUGUCACCCCAGUUGUUGCUCCUGUUGUCAAGACCACCGUCCAUGCCGCUCCAGCUGUGUCUGUUGUCAAGACUGUUGAACCUGUGGUCCCCGUUGUUAAAACUGUUGAACCUGUCGUCCCUGUUGUCAAGACUGUUGCUGCCGCCCCAGUUGUCCACACUUAUCAUGCUGCUCCAGUUGUCCCCGUUGUUGGCCAUGCUGUCUCCCACCAAUCUCAUGUCCAAAUCCACUCCAAUGCUGCUGUAGUUGCCCCAGUUGUUCACUCUGUCCCCUUGGUCCAUGCCGCCCCCGUGACCCAUGUUGUCCACCACUAAGAGUUGACAGUUAGUAACGAAUUUUGAAUUUUAUGUUUUUUAAUAAAUUUUUAUUUUGAAAGUUGUAAA